CUAUCCGGCAAGCAUAUUAUCCUAGCCGGCGCCGGUAUCUCAAGUCUCAGCUUCGCCAUAUCCCUGCACAAACUCUGGCCCAGUCUCUCCAACUCCAACCCCCGUUCUACCCCUCCCCGCCUCACGCUCUACGACCGCGAUUCUAGUGCUGCCCCCGCGGGGCGAGAAGGUUACUCCCUCUCCAUUCGCUCCGAUGCACCAAGCGCUGGAGUCCAAACCUUACUCAAGAUGGGGAUGUUAGAGCCGAUGUUGGAGAGGGCUGUUACUAGCAUUGGGGAUGAGGAAGAAGGGAGUGAGAAGGGGGGUUUUGUAGUCUGGGAUCACGGGUGGAGGGAGGUACUUAAGGUGCGAUCGAAGGUUCCGGUGGGUUGCCCGGUGUCUGGAAUGAGGGUUUCAAGGAAGGCGUUGAGGCAGACGCUCGUAGAGGCAGCGGAGGAGUUGGAGGGCGUGGAGAUUAUCUGGGGGACUGCUAUCACAGGUCUUUCCCCUGCCCCCUCUGCUGAUCGUGGGAUUAGUACUGGAAAUGGCAAUGGCGAUAUCCUCGUCCAUCUCUCCAACUCCCAUACCGCCACCUGCGACCUCCUCAUCGACGCCUCAGGCUCGUCCAGUAAACCCCGCACCCUCCUUCGCCCCACUGAUACUUUACAAUUCGCCGGCCCCGUCGUCAUAGCCGGGACAUGCCCUCUCUCCACCUCUCCAUCCACGUCUUCUCAUGACUACGGCAUGAUUCUCCCCGGCACCGGACACUGCCUAUUCAUCGCGCCCAUAAACUCCACCGGACUAGGAUGGGCGUUAAGCUGGAAGCAAGGCGACCCCGUGACGCCAAAAAAACAGCCAUUAGAAGUAGACGAAGUAGUCGCACUGCUAGAGGAAGCUAGACAGAAAGGUGUGCCGGCGUUCGGACCGCGAUUUGCGCAGAUGCUGGACCAGACGCAGAAGGGAAGCGUGAUGAUGUUCAACGCAAUGGAUAAACCCGGAUUCGCGCAUACAUCGGAUCCGACAUACAUCACUUCCCCGUCCCCAGCCCUACAAUCCCUUGCCGGGAAGGUUGUUUUCCUGGGUGAUGCGAACCACGCAGUUUCGCCGUUCGCGGGAAAUGGUGCUAACCUGGCUAUUAUGGAUGGCUGGGCUUUUGCGGAGGCGUUGGUUCAGAGUACGGAUGCUGAAGAGGCAUUAAAGAGGUAUGAUGGGGUAGCUGUUAGAAAGGCAGAGAAGGUGGUAAGGAUGAGUCAUUUUGUGAUUAGGGUGGCGCAUUCCGGGGGGUGGGCGUUGUGGGGUUGGAUGUGGGUUUUGAGACUUUUGAGGUUGUUGUUUUUU